AUGAGAGUAGCAGAGGACUACAGAAAAGACAGCGGGAGAAGGGUUGGAAGACCAGGAGAAAUGAACACGGAGGAAAUACAGCUCGCCCCCUCGUUCCGUGGAGUUACGCUUGGUUCACGUAGGAAGACGGAUAAUUACUCCUUUGGAACACAUCAGCAGAGGAAACUCUUUCCUCACUACCACCCCCCAACCUGGUUGGGGAACAAGUUUCUCCCUCUUAGGGGAUCGCCCCACACAGGCCCUGGGUGUUACUCAGAAACAGACUGGAAUGGUUUGGCAUACAACCUGUCUCGGAUCCCAGCCAGUACGAAAGGUUAUGCUCUUGGAGCCAGGACAGCAGUGCGGUUUAUGCCACUCAGCAAGGAUGUGACACCAUAUCCAGGAAUGUACCAGAAAGUUUGUACUUAUAAUGAGAAAUGCAAACAAAGUUUUGCUCCAUUUAAUAUCAUGAUGCCUCGAUUUAGUACUGAAGUUAAGGGUGCUUCUUAUCCUGGCCCUGGCACAUACAAUCCAGAGAAGAAGUCACCCCCAAAGAUUGUUUGGCCGAUGAAAUUUGGAUCUCCAGACUGGUGUCAGGUCCCAUGUCUAGAGAAAAGAACUCUAAAAGCUGAGCUGUCCACAGACAAGGACUUUAGAAAACAUCGGAACCGUGUGGCCUACUUUAGCCUGUUUUACAAUUGAGAAGUAGGCACUGUCUUCACGAGUUCUCCUGACUGCGGAACCUCCGGAACUGAGGAUGGGACUGCCCUUGUACUUCUGGGUUUCCUGGGCCCUCUUGUCUGCCAAUUCGGCAUCCAGGGAGGAGCGAGGGUCUCACAGUCACCCUACAAAAAAAUAAAGACUGGUCCAGAAUGUUACUACUCUGUCUGUCUGUGGUCUAAUAGUGCUUGUUGGGUGUCCAGACGUGUAGUUUCAUUUUUGAGAAAUACCCAGGGAUGCCUUAACCACUGCCUUCAGUUCUUGGGCAUCAGUCUUGAAUGUUCUACCACUAGUCCUACAACUAGGUAAAUCUUAGCCUGUACAUGUCAAGGUCGUAGAUAGAAUCUGAGCCCCCAAGACAUGGGAUUUUUAAAUUCAAGUUACAACAUUUAUGUUAGGGGAGUCCUUCCAAGAUUUAUGAAUUCCCUGGCAUAGGAUGAAAAUUUUCUGGUUCUAUUCUUUCCUAGAUUGACAUAAACCUCAAAUAACCCAAAAAGUUCCAAUUACCCAUGACAUGGCCUCUUUAGUCUGUGUGCUGAGUUCCUACUUAGUAUCAGGCAGAGUGAGAAACAAUGGGUAUAUCCUAGGAAUGAACACACACCUAAGCUGAAGUCUGAGACUCCACAAGGUGACAAGGAGGUUAGGUGUGCCCCUUCUCUAAAUUGCCCCUGAAGGUUUACGAGUACAUGUUAGGGUAUGAAAUAAGAAUUCACAGCAACUAGCCACAGUGGCACACACCUUUAAUCCAAACACUUGAGAGACAGACAGCUUCCUAGACUACAUACUGAGUUCCAGGACAGCCAGCACUGUAUAGAGAGACCCUGUCUCCAAAAUUAAAAAAAUAAAUAAAUAAAAAUAAAAUCCACUGGCUGAGGUGCCUAUUUAACACAUCAAAGUAGACAUGGCCACCAGGUUCUCCCUGUAUCCCUUCAGUCCCUACCUAUUACAGAACCCUUCUGGCUGGCAUACCCCACCCCCUACCCUAAACUUCUGAAAUCCAGGCUUGGUUCCCCUUCCCUGUAUAAUUCAGCCAUUUUGGUUACCUGCCCCUUUUUGGUCUAUCCUUUAUACUCCUGGCCUCUUGAUCUGGCUCUUCCCUAUCCCCUCAUCCCUCU